CAAAACCCUAGCAUACAGCAACCAAUGUACUACUAUCAAACCUUAAACCUUUCACUCUCUAAAAACUGAAAACUUGUGAAAAUUUUUUGACAGCACAAAAAUGGCGGGCGGAAAAAUCAGAAAAGAGAAGCAAAAGGGGAGCAACCAUUUUCAAGGAGGAAUACCCUUUCACAAAUCAAAGGGACAACACAUUUUGAAAAAUCCAAUGUUGGUUGAAUCAAUUGUUCAGAAAGCUGGUAUUAAACCUACAGAUGUUAUUCUGGAAAUUGGUCCAGGUACUGGUAAUCUUACUAAGAAGCUUCUAGAAGCUGGCAAGAAAGUUGUUGCUGUUGAGUUGGAUCCUCGUAUGGUUCUUGAGCUUAAACGCCGUUUUCAAGGCACCCCUUUGUCCACUCGUUUAGAGGUUAUCCAAGGAGAUGUUCUCAAGUGUGAACUUCCAUUUUUUGAUAUCUGUGUUGCCAACAUCCCUUACCAAAUCUCUUCCCCGCUUGUGCUCAAGUUGUUGGACAUCAACCAAAGGCAAAACUUCAGAUGUGCAAUUAUAAUGUUCCAAAGAGAAUUUGCGAUGAGGCUUGUUGCUCAACCAGGUGACAAGCUCUAUUGCCGUCUCUCAGUGAACACUCAGCUCCUUGCUCGGGUCUUCCAUCUCCUCAAAGUUGGGAAGAAUAAUUUCAGACCCCCACCUAAGGUCGACUCCUCAGUCGUUCGUAUUGAACCAAGAAAGCCUCUUCCUAUACCAGCCGGCAAACUUAAGGAGUGGAAUGGGCUGCUCUCUUUAUGUUUCAGCAGAAAGAACAAAACACUUGGAUCAAUAUUUGGCCAGAAAAAGGUUCUUGAAAUGUUAGAGAAGAACUACAGGACCUUAGAAUCUUUGGGACAAUUGAUGAAUGACUCAGAGGCAAUUGAUAUGUCUGUCUUAGCCGAUGAGAAAGACAAUCAGGUAGACGAGGAUGAAACUAUGGAAGUGGAUGAUGGAAAAGCCGAUGAAGAUGAAAUGGAGGUUGAAGUUUCAGAUACUGACUCUGACAAUGAUAUGCAAGCAAACGAUCCUAAUUUUAAAGCUAAGGUGAUAGAUGUGUUGAAGUGGUAUGAUUACGCAGACAAAAGAUCGUCCAAGCUCACACAAAAUGAAUUCAUACACUUAUUAUCGGUUUUCAACCAGGCCGGUAUUCACUUCACUAGUAAAAAAUAGUGAUUCAAUAUGCAAUUUAUUUCUUUGUGAUAAAUACAUGCACCCAAUUUUGCCUCUUGAUUUCAUUAUCCCAUAUAAUUUGUUAUACCCCGAAAUUAAAAAUGUGAGUGGCAACAGUUUUAGAACUAAAUAGUAGCAUAAUCUGUUUUUCUUUGUAUCUUUAUUAUCUAUUUAUCUUAUAUAGCUGUUGAAUGUAGUUUCCAUAGCAACGAUCUUGGAAAAGCGUAGUCUCCAUUCUAUGUUUCUUUCACCUCUGCAACACCACCACCAGUCACAGAAAUCACUUAGCGGCAAAGAGCCAUGUGACCCUUGAGACUGAUUUAUGAGGCGGGAAAGAGCCCCAUGACCCUUCAGAACAUUAUAGAACCGAUCUGACUGCAAGUGCAGGUAACAAGUAAACAAAUCAAUAUGUAGUCAGACUGGAGGUAAAAAAGUGAGUGAGUGUUUAUGAAGUCUAAUAGAAAUGGCUUUUAUUUAUACAACGAAAAUCAAAACAGGUAAA